GCACUCCAGUGAUUGAUAUAUCGCUCAACUAGAAUGUCAACUGUCAUUUAUCAAACAUUUUUGAUUAUCAUCCAGUAGUUAAUAAGUAACUUUAUUUGAAAUAAAUUAUUUAGUCUAUUUGGCGAGUUUAUCAACAUGGAGUACCAUUUAGGAAGUGCACCACCUCUGUGGAAUAAUGGACCUAUACCGGGAAAAUUAUACAAUUUUCCAGGAACAAAAGCAACUCCGAAAACAUUCACUCAAUCUCCUGUAACAACGUCCACUUCAAUAAUAGCUAUUACAUAUGAUAAAGGAGUACUUGUAGCUGGAGAUUUAGUUGCUUCAUAUGGCUCAUUGGCCCGUUAUCGAAAUUGCCCUCGAGUUAUUCCCAUCAACCAAAAUAUUAUAUUAGGAGCAGGAGGUGAUUAUGCAGAUUUUCAGUAUGUGAAAAGCUUUAUAGAGCAAAAAAUUAUUGAUGAAGAAUGUAUUGAUGAUGGACUUAAAAUGAAACCCAAAUCUUUGUACUGUUGGUUGACGAGAGUCAUGUAUCAAAGAAGAAGUAAAUUAGAUCCGUUUUGGAACAACCUUGUUAUUGGUGGUCUACAGGAUGGUGUACCAUUUUUAGGAACCGUUGAUAAACUAGGAACUGCUUAUACAGAUAAAACAAUCUGUACUGGGUACGGGGCCCAUAUUGCUUUGCCUAUUCUAAGAGAAACUCUUGAUAAAAAUCCUGAAAUAACUUUGAAUGAAGCUAAAGAUCUUAUACACAAAUGUAUGGAAGUUUUGUUUUACAGAGAUGCUAGGAGUUAUCCAAAGUAUCAACUUGGAAUUAUCGAUAAAGAUGAAGGAGUAAAAAUUGAAGGACCCUUAUCUGUCCAACAAAACUGGGAUAUUGCUUUAAUGACAUAAUUUUCAUAUUUCUAAUGAUAUAAGGAUUGUAUUUGAUUUUUGUAAUUAUACAAGUCAAAAAAAGCAUUUUUUUUUUCUAAGAAUAUCAACUUUUACUCGGUAAUAUUUCCUCGAAAGUUUUCACUGGUAUAAAUAUUACAUUACUAUAUAUUUUCGCGAGCCUUCGAAUUUGCAAAAUCAUUAAUUAUUAUCAGACAUGCUUAAGAAGUUCACGCAACAGAAAAAUAUAAACAAUCUCACUGCAGUACGAUAAUACGAAGCUGUCCCUGUACUACAUAUGAUCUACUGGCUUCUGCAGUGAUGUAACGCUCGACCCUCCCACACGGCUUUUUAUUUGUGAUAUAUUAUGGUGCACUGAUUUGGACCAAUAACCAUGCCUCGUUUUUGUCUGGAAUGUUCACACACUGAUCAUUGUCUAGAUUUGCUAUUUGUCUUUGAUAAAUAGAUUUAUU